GUCAGUGCCAUCAAGUUUGUUGCGCUGCUGCUCACGCGGCCACAACAUAAUUCCAAUUGACAUAAGUUCGGCAACACUGUGCAAUCAACCGCUCCUCAACGUGUCCAAGAGCACAAGUCGUUUGCGCAUCGUCAGCGCGAGCACUCAAGCACCAUGGCCAGCAGUGCUCUCAUCCUCGCGCUCUGCGCAUUGACCGCGUCCUCACUGGCGCCCGUCAAAGCGCCGGCGUCGACGCAACCACGCAACAACAUCUUGAGCGUUCCCGAGCGCAUCGCGCAAAAGCGCCAGGAGCUCGGCGACCGCCUCCCCUUCACGACGGAGCAGAUUGACAUCGAAGAAGACACUACAACAAUUGGCUCGUUAGAGGUGCCGUCCGUCGCGCUAGGCACGAUCUCCUGGACGCCCGAGAAGGAGCGAACGGGCUUCCGGCCCGGAGAUAGAUUAGACGGCAAGGUCGGCACGGAGGAGGCGAGGGCCGCCGUCGCGACCGCUGCCUUAGAGGAGGGCCUCACGUUCUUCGACACGGCAGAACGCUACUCUGUCGGCGUGGGCGAGACCUUACUCGCGGACGCGCUGGCGGACGGCGCCGAGUACAUCACAAGAGAAAUGGAGACCGACGUCAGUGUAGGCGAGGCCUACCUCGCGGACACGCUGGCCGCCGGCGAAGAGUGGUUCAUGAGCGCGAAGCAGGACACCGUGGUGGCCACGAAGUUCACGCCGACGCCAUGGCGGCGGGGCGCGCAAUCUGUGGUGGAUGCUUGUGAGGCCUCUCGGAAAAGGUUAGGCGUGGAGCAGAUCGAUUUAUAUCAAAUCCACAUGCCCGACGUCGUCCAGCCCGGUAGGUUCUUCGGCUUUGUUGAGUGCAAAGAUGAAGAGUACUGGGAAGGGUUGGCGCGGUGCGUCGAACUAGGCCUCGUGAAGGAGAUCGGCGUGUCGAACUACGGUCCUUCACUACUUAGGAAAUGUAGUGCGUUCAUGGCCAAGCGUGGCCUGAAGCUAGCUUCGAACCAGAUCCACUAUUCAUUACUCGCUAGAAACAAGGGCAACAACCAGGCCACCGUCGAUGCGGCCAAUGAAUUGGGGAUUAAAACAUUGGCGUACUACCCGCUGGCCAUGGGUCUGUUGACGGAUAAAGGCGAUCAGAGGACGGGCGCUCUCGAGCACUACGCGACGGGCGGCACGGGCUUUAUCGGGUUUCCGUUCCUCGCGAAGAAUCAGGUCAGAGUGCCUGAAGGCGGCGUCAAGCCGUUGCUGGAUGAAUUAAGGGCCGUCGGCGCCGAGCGCGGCAAGACGGUGACGCAAGUCGCCCUCAACUGGAUCAUGGGGUCGGGAGUGAUACCGAUAGCCGGCGCGACGACGGAGAAAUAUGUACGCGACGCCGCCGGCGCGCGCGGCUGGCGCCUCACGGCUGACGAGCGGCGGCGGCUCGAGGACGCGGCGGACGCGCUGGGCUUUGAAUUUCAAGGCACGUUCGCGAAGCGCGUCGACGGCAAGUUCGUCGGCUACGGCGUCGAGGAGUGGCGCCUCGACUGAAUUCGAUCGGUAAUGUAUAUCUUGUUCACUUAA